AGAUAAGCCUCAUUUAUUCCUCCCUCUCCCGUCUCACGUUUAAAAGCCAACCCAUUCCACUUUCCAUUGUCCAAUAUAUAUAUAUUGUCCCUAAACCAAAACAAAGUCAAGAAACAUUAUAUUGCAUUGUGUGUGAGUGUUUUCAUCAAAACAAAUUGAACAAAUUGCAUUGUUUAUUUUGUUCUACUUUUGUUUGUUUCUUGAUAAUAAAAAAUACGGCAUGGAGUUAAUAGACGGCGUCAUACUAUCCUUGGCCGCCGUCUUCAUGUGCAUGUGGUGGCGCUACUGGUGUGUCACCGGCGGCGAUGCGAAGAACCUCCCCCCCGGCCCGCCAGGCUGGCCGCUUGUCGGAAAUCUCUUCCAGGUCGUGCUCCAACGUCGACCGUUCAUUUACGUCGUACGUGAUUUACGUAAAACGUACGGUCCGAUCUUCACCAUGCAAAUGGGGCAACGGACGCUGAUAAUCGUCACCAGCUCCGAGCUCAUCCAUGAGGCUCUGGUCCAGCAAGGUCCGGUCUUCGCGAGCCGGCCGGCCGACUCCCCCAUCCGGCUCAUCUUCAGCAUGGGCAAAUGCGCCAUCAACUCCGCCCAGUACGGCCCCCUCUGGCGCGCCCUCCGCCGGAACUUCGUGACGGAGCUGAUAAACCCUACGAGGAUCAAGCAGUGCAGCUGGAUAAGGAAGUGGGCCAUGGAGAACCACAUGAGGAGGCUGGAGGAGGAAGCUUCUAGAGACGGGCACGUCGAGGUCAUGGCCACCUGCCGGCUCAGCAUCUGCAGCAUCCUCAUUUGCCUCUGCUUCGGCGCGAAAAUCUCCGAAGAGAGGAUCAAGAAGAUCGAGAACAUUCUCAAGGACGUGAUGCUCGUCACGGCCCCGCAGCUCCCGGACUUCUUGCCCAUGCUGACGCCGCUGUUCCGGCGCCAGGUGAGGCGGGCAAAGGAGCUGAGGAAGACUCAGCUCGACUGCCUGAUCCCUCUGGUCAAAGCCAGAAAGGAGUUUGUUGAGAUGGGGGAGAAAUGUAACAACCCUGAGAUGGUGAGCCCGGUGGGGGCCGCCUACAUAGACUCGCUGUUCGGGCUCGAACCCGCCGGCCGGAAACUCGGGAUGGAAGAGAUCGUGACACUCGUGUCGGAAACGAUCAGCGCCGGGACCGACACGAGCGCCACCGCGCUGGAGUGGGCCCUUCUCCACCUCGUCACGGACCAAAACAUCCAAGAAAAGCUCCACCGAGAAAUCGUCGAGUGCGUGGGAGAAAACGGCGUCAUCACGGAGGCGGACGUGGAGAAGAUGCCGUACCUCGCCGCCAUCGUGAAGGAGACUUUCCGGCGACACCCACCGAGCCACUUCGUCCUGUCGCACGCCGCCACCAAGGACACCCAGCUGGGGGGAUACACCAUCCCAUCCGACGCCUACGUGGAGUUUUACACCGCGUGGGUGACGGAGGACCCCAGCCUGUGGAAGGAUCCCGGCGAGUUUCGGCCUGAGAGGUUCCUGGACGGGGACGGCGUGGACGUGGACAUAACCGGGAUGAGGGGAGUGAAGAUGUUGCCGUUCGGGGCGGGCAGGAGGAUCUGCCCGGCCUGGACGUUGGGCACAUUGCACGUGAACAUGAUGCUGGCGAAGAUGGUGCAAGCAUUCAAGUGGGUGCCGGUGCCGGGCAGCCCGCCGGACCCGACGGAGACGUUUGCUUUCACGGUGGUGAUGAAAAACCCGUUGAAAGCUGUCAUAUUGCCUAGGCUGAAAAAUUGAUGACAUUCACAUUUGUUCCAUAUAUCGUAUCUAAAACGUAACAUUAUAGUUUAAUUAAAUUAUAUUCAUUCCGAUCACUUUCACCGUGUGUCACAAUACAUAAAUAUUAACAAAAGUGUUUUCAUUUU